AUGCCCACGUAUUGCGAUCAAGCUUGCCCGUCGGGAACAGCCGAUUCAUCUCACACCUCCCAGGAAGAUACGGGUGUGGAAAGUGGCGAUAGCAUAGCCCCAGAGGGUAAUGCGGACAAAAGGUGUGAAGGGAGUGGGGAAGAUAGCGGGAGAGACCCGGAGAGCCAGCUAGCCGAUGGAGAGGAGUAUGAAGAACUGGCAAAAAAUGAUCGCGGGUGGAGGAAGAUAGUGCGGAAUUUUACGCCUUCAUGGUUCACCGUAAACAUGGGGACGGGCAUUGUCUCCAUCCUCCUCUUCAAUCUCCCAUACAACGGAACAUGGCUCUACUGGAUAUCCGUUGGCAUAUUCGGGCUCAAUACAGUUCUGUUCACGAUUUUCCUAGCCAUCUCGAUCUUGCGAUAUGCCCUCUGGCCCGGGAUCUGGCGCGUCAUGCUCCAGCAUCCGGUUCAGUCACUUUUCAUCGGGACAUUUCCGAUGGGGUUUUCCACCGUCGUGUCGAUGAUUGCCCUGGUUUGUUCGCCUGCGUGGGGAAGUUGGGUACAGAUAGUCGCCUGGGCGCUUUGGAUAGUUGACUCAGUCAUUUCCGUUGUAUGUGCUGUCGGUUUCCCGUUUAUGUUAAUGGCAUCUGGAAGGCAGUCGGAUCUACCCUCGAUGACGGCGGCAUGGCUGUUGCCCGUCGUCAGUACAAUCGUUGCAGCAUCUACUGGGGCAAUUGUGGCAGAAAAUCUACCAACACCACAGCUUAGUCUGUGGACAAUCAUAGCUUCGUACCUUCUCUGGGGCCUGGGGAUGUUAUUCUCCAUGAUAAUCCUCGCGGUAUAUUUCGAGAGAUUGGCACUACACAAGCUGCCACCAAAGUCCGUGAUCGUCAGUACUUGUAUCCCACUUGGCCCAAUGGGCCAAGGGGGUUUUGUCAUCCUAAAGCUCGGCGUAGGCGCGCGGAAAUUUUUCCCGCUAAAUAAAACCCUUGAUCCCGCUGCUGGUGGCGUGUUCUAUGCGGUUGGAUUUAUGUUUGCAUUGAUGCUCUGGGGGUUCGGGUUCAUGUGGAUGCUCUCUGCGAUCAUUUCUAUUGCCAAGUGCAAAAGAAUCCCUUUUACAAUGGGAUGGUGGGCUUCGAUCUUCCCAUUGGGUGUUUACGCUAAUUGCACCAUCCUGAUGGCGGUAGAGAUGCCAUCUCAAUUUUUCAAGGUCGUCAGCACUGUAUGUAUUAUCCUCUUGUUCAAAUUUGAGCCAUCGCUUGGGCCGGAUGGGGAGGAAAUUAGGGGAAUCCCCAGCAUCAACUCCAGCGCUGAUUCAUCCCUUUCUGCCCUCCACUGUUUACCCCAUUUGAAACCUCUGAUACCCAAAUAUGACGCCUUUCUCGUUGCGUGCUACUCAGCCCAUCCGCUCGUUGGCAUGCUGAAUGAGCUGGUCAGCAUUGCUCCAGCAGAAGCAAUGACUCCGCCUAAAAGGAAGUACGUGACUGGUAUAUUCGAGGCAAGCGUGUCCAAAAGUAUUUCCCUACUACGCUCUACUUCUUCUAUCGAUUCCAGCGCCCAUUCUGGAGAAGGAGAUGGGGGUGCUGAAUUUAAGCCAUCAUUCGGAAUCAUUUCGACAGGGGAAGUAUGGAAGGAUAUAUUUGCGCGCGCUGUACCGGAGCUCUUGCGCCGACCCUCAGAUUUCAGCAUUGACGACAAUGUGGACUUGGAACCAUUGUUUGCUGGGGUCGAGACGACGGGGCUUAGUGCAGUUGAGUUGCAUACUAGGCCAGCAGAAGAGGUCGAGACAAGAAUGGUCGAAGCGACUGAGCGGUUAAUUAACAGAGCUGGGAAACAAGUAGCAGCCAUAUGUCUCGGUUGCGCUGGCAUGGCAGGCAUGGACAGAGCUGUCCGACAAGGAUGCAUAAGAGCGCUUGGUCCGUUGCAGGGAGAAAAGGUUGUAAUUGUUGACGGAGUUGUUGCGGGGGUGGAACAACUGGUCAAGCAAUGUAAAUUAGAGAUAAUAACAAUCCAGGCCGGCCAGUGCGGUAACAAUGUUGGCAGUCAGUUCUGGCAGCAGCUGUGCCUCGAACACGGAAUAAACAAAGAUGGGAAUUUGGCAGAAUUUGCGACUGAGGGGGGAGAUCGGAAAGAUGUCUUUUUCUACCAGAGCGACGAUACACGAUACAUUCCUCGAGCAAUAUUGCUUGACCUAGAACCAAGAGUUCUCAAUACCAUCCAAACCGGCGCAUAUCGCAACAUCUACAAUCCCGAGAACUUCUUCAUUGGUAGACAAGGGAUCGGUGCUGGCAAUAACUGGGCUGCCGGAUAUGCAGCCGGUGAAAUUGUGCAAGAAGAAGUGUUCGAUAUGAUAGAUCGUGAGGCAGAUGGCAGCGAUUCGUUAGAGGGAUUUAUGUUGCUUCAUUCCAUCGCAGGUGGAACCGGAUCCGGAUUGGGGAGUUAUAUUCUUGAACGAAUGAACGAUCGAUUCCCCAAAAAAUUAAUCCAGACCUACUCCGUGUUUCCUGACACCCAGGCGGCUGAUGUCGUAGUCAAUCCCUAUAAUAGCCUGUUGGCCAUGAGAAGAUUGACACAGAAUGCUGAUUCAGUGGUUGUCGUGGACAAUGGUGCCCUCUCACGAAUCGCUGCGGAUAGAUUACAUGUUCAAGAGCCUUCAUUUCAACAAACCAAUCAAUUGGUUUCUACUGUUAUGUCUGCAUCCACCACCACCCUUCGAUACCCCGGAUACAUGCAUAACGACCUCGUCAGCAUCCUGGCGAAUCUCAUACCAGACCCUCGAACCCGAUUCCUUAUCACGUCAUACACACCCUUUACUGGGGAUAAUGUCGAGCAAGCAAAGACAAUCCGAAAGACAACCGUACUAGAUGUCAUGCGUCGACUCCUCCAACCAAAAAACCGCAUGGUGUCAAUCACACCCAGCAAAUCCAGCUGCUAUAUCAGCAUAUUCAAUAUCAUCCAGGGUGAAGCAGCUCAAACGGAUGUUGAUAAAUCGAUUCUCAGGAUCCGUGAACGUCGCCUAGCCACAUUCAUCCCGUGGGGCCCGGCUAGCAUCCACGUAGCUGUUCCCAAACGUUCUCCGUAUCUGCCAAACACGCAUAGGGUGAGCGGGCUAAUGCUAGCAAAUCACACCUCUGUGGCAACCCUCUUCAAGAGAAUUGUUAGCCAGUAUGAUCGGCUGCGGAAGCGAAAUGCGUUCUUGGAGCAAUAUAAGAAGGAAGCCCCCUUUGCGGAUGGACUGGGGGAGUUUGAUGAGGCUAGGGCUGUGGUUAUGGAUCUCAUUGCGGAGUAUGAAUCUGCAGAAAGACCUGAUUAUGCAGGUGGUGGGGCGGAUAUAGAGGAAAGCUAA